AUAAGUAAAGGUAAUAUAGUAAAUAUAUUAAACUAGGUUAUUCAUUAAAAUAUUCAAACAAAUAAAUUUUUGUUGCAUUAUCUAGGUUGAACAAAAUAACAUUUAAUUAUAUUUUAUUCCUCAUAAUUUUGGUUAUGUGAUUACAUUAUAAAUAAUAGCUUGAAUUAAACACAUCUUUAUUGUCGUGUAAAUCUAAUUAAUUUUUUAUUUUAUUUUAGUUGGUAUAGAUAUCUAAUUUAGAUAAUAAAAAUUUCCCAUUUAUUAUGGGGAUAAAUCAAAAAAAUAUUUACAACGGAAUGAUUUAUAGUUCAAUACAGGGGUGGAUCCAGGGCGACAUCGACGGUCACCCUCCCUCCUUACCAGCGGAGAUUUUACCGAUGGAGAUAAAUAAUACCAUCUCUUGUUAUGCAUAAAAAUUAUUUCUCCAUACUUGAAUUACUGGUUCCGUCAUUGAGUUCAAUAUUUUUAGAUCAAUUAUUUAUUAACAAAAAUUUAUUAUUAAUUUGUUGAAAUUCAAAUUCGAUUCUUAGAAAAAGGUAAUAGCUGCUGCAUUGUUAUUCCGAGGCAAUGAGGUUGAGAUUUUGAAAAAACCGAGAGCUUUUGGGACGAGUCGUCAAAAGGGAAACCAAACUGAGAUGACCGUAAUGCCCUCUUGCAUCACAGAAAUGGCGGGAGAGCCAUCCUCUAUAAAAGCUGAUCCAUCCGAUUCCAGUCGACGCCUUCGAUCGAUCAGGGCGCGGGAGCCCAUCGAAUCGGCCAUGCAUCUCCACGGGUGGGAAUCGCUCAAACGCCUCAUCGGGAAGCGGCGGAGAACCAUCUCCCUUGAUCUCUCUCGCCUCCUAUCUCCGUCGAACUCUCAGAGCAACUCGACGCAUGACGGUAUUCACCACGGAGAGACGCAAGCCUCCACGUCGUCGGAUGAGAAAGACUGGGCACCGAAAUCAGAACUACAUGGAGCAUUUGACAAGGAGUGGGUUUCUUGUCCGGUCUGUGGUAGAUUGAUUCGUGGAAUUGAUUACAAUGUGAACUCCCAUCUAGGGGUUUGUAGACUCUCUUCCUCAUCGCGCUCAUGAUCAUGUUCCCAUUAAACUGGUUUGCCGAAAAAGUUUAGACUGCGCCGAAAGCAAGGAAACAUGUACUGAUUGUGAUUUUCCUGAAUCCCUAUGGGACAAUCUGGUGGUUGCUAUUGAAAAUAUUAAGGUGCAUCAACCUAAAAUGAUAAAGUACCAGAAUAACUUUUCUUUGAUGAUUGAAGAGGUUAUAAGCCAUCAUUCACACCUUUUUACUAUCGAAGAAAAAACAUUUAUAGGGUAUUUUACAUCACUAUCAGAUGAAGGUCAAAGGCUUUUUAUACGAAUAUACACUCGUAAAGGACCAUGGUUCAGGGUAAGCAACAUCUCCUACUCUGAGAUUCAAGAUGUACAAAAAGCCAUUGCGGAACUACAGUUGGCAGGUUUCAUUUACUCAUUUCAUUCAUGUGAUGAUUCGUUUACAUACAACAUGAAAGAGGUUCUUGACUUGCUAAAUGUUUCUGAAAUGCGUCAAAUCAUAAGUUCAGAAGUUCAUAAGAAAGGAAUCAACUGCAGUCGCCGAAACGACCUUGUAAAUAUCCUCUGCUCUGCUUAUGCCAGUGGAGCAUGCCCACUGCUACCAAAGAUGAUUCUCGAACAAACAGGAACCUGCAUAAGAAUUUCUUCUUUAGCUGAUGUUUUCUGGCGCAUUCAGAGGCUCUUUUUCCUUAAUGGUGAUCAGGACCUUUCAGAAUUUCUUUUAGUUGAUCUUGGGAUUAUCAAAUUUCCAGAUUAUGUCUGCAAUGUUUCUCACCAAAUUUUUGAAGAUCGUUCUGAUCUUACUGAUUAUGAAGAGGCCAUUGAAGUGGCUCAGAUAGUGGAUGAAUCUCUUGAAGCAAAUAAUGUGGAAAUGGUGACAAGAUGCAUUGACAUAGCUGAUGUCCGUAUGUGCACUAGCUUCACAAGAAAACAUGACUUCACCACUGAUCCUCCGCCGCAUUUUUAUUCAUGUUUUUCAGCAUCAUUUGUAUACUCAAAGGUGCUAUCAUUGGGUGUUUCCUUCUUUGAGCGCGAGCAUAGGUAUGAAGAUGCAAUAAGGAUUCUGAAGGGACUCCUCACAAGAGUCACUCGUGACAGUAGGAGAGGAUACUGGACCUUGAGGCUUUCUGUUAAUUUGGAACACAUGAAUUAUUUCAAUGAGAGUCUCUCUGUAGCUGAAGAAGGAAUUUUAGAUCCCUGGGUUCGUGCUGGUUCAAAAAUGGCAUUGCAAAGGCGCGUUCUCCGUUUAGGCAAACCACCGCGCCGGUGGAGGGUACCUGAUUAUGCAGAUUCUGUUAAGCGAAAAAUCAAAGAGAUUUGCAUAACUGGAAGACCUUUGUCUAAUGAGACAGCAUCCAAGAAUAUGUAUUAUGGGUAUGAUGAUGAACUGUGUGGAGUCGAGCAGCUGGCCUUGCAAUACUAUGCAGAAGAAGGUGGAUGGAGCGGCAUCCACUCGGAAAGCGGGAUCUGGAUGACGAUCUAUGGCCUUCUCAUGUGGGACGUUAUAUUCAGCAAUGUCCCGGACGUUUUCAGAUCAAGAUUUCAGACUGCUCCGCUAGAUUUCGAUACGGACGACUUUUACACGAGCAGGGAGCAUCUCAUAGAAUGCCAGUUGCAGAAGAUUGAAGAUGGCAUGGCUGAGGAGAUUUUGAUCUGCUCCUGGGAGUCCCACAUGGGGGUGGCUUGCCGCGGCGUGAACUGGGAACGGCAUUCACUUCCAGAUCUGCGAGCUGCUGUCUCAUGCAUCGGAGGCUGCCCGUUGGCUUCGCUCUGCCGACAUCUGGCUGUCGACUACCGGAGUUGGUCCAGCGGCAUGCCGGAUCUGUUGCUGUGGCGCUUCCAUGGAGAUAGCAGUCGAGGCGAAGCAAAGCUUGUAGAAGUAAAAGGCCCGAGCGAUAGGCUUUCGGAGCAGCAACGAGCAUGGCUGCUCAUCCUCAUGGAUUGUGGGUUUGAUGCUGAAGUGUGCAAAGUCAGGCCAUUAUCCAAAUGAAACGACCGUGAUAAGAUUCUCAUGAGUUUAAGCAAAUUUCAUUAGCUUGUUGGCUUUGUGCUACGGCCAAAAUCUUCUCAUUCAAUGCAAUUUGAUGUUUAAAUUUAAUUUCAUCUGCACGUACGAUUUGGAGAAACACAAUUCGACAUGAUUUUAACAAAAACCUUUAUUAC